AUGAAGAUCAGCGGAUUUCUUUUGCUGCAAUGGUUUGACGACUUUCUCAAGUGGGAACCAGAGGACUACGGAGAACUUGAUCAUUUUACAUUGCCUCAAAAUGAUGUCUGGAAACCGGAUGUUGCUCUCCACAACUCCUUCCGGGCAUUUACUGGUCUAGGAUCCAGUAAUCUGUUCAUUCUGGAAGAAACGUGUGACGUGGACAUCACAUAUUUCCCGUUCGACACACAGGAAUGUCCUUUCAAAUUUUCGGCUUGGAGCUAUUCAAAAGAAGAAGUAGAAAUGAUCAUGAAGCUGAAGCGAAAGUCAUUAUUUUAUGUCUUCUACAUACUCAUCCCCAUGGUUCUACUUUUGUUUUUAAACGCCCUCACGUUUGUACUUCCGAUAUCGUCGGGUGAGCGCGCUUCCUUUGCUGUCACAGUGUUCCUGUCUUUAGACGUGUUUCUAACAGUAGUAGCCUCUGAGAUUGCGAAGAACUCCAACACCAUCUCCAUCGUCUCAGUUUACAUGACGGCAAUGAUAGCACUUAGCACUGCGACCGUGAUGACGUCACUGUUAGAAUCGCGACUUGCGUCCCGAGAUAAGGACAGGGACGCAAUCGGCCCAGGAUACAGGUCAGUAUACCGCCUAGCUCGUAUCUGUAUGUGUAAACGUGACGGAAUCAGCAACUCCGCAACUGAACUUGAAUGGAAUGGCACUGGACUACUUCUUGUUUUGGAUAAUGAAAGGUCCCAGGCCAACCUCGAUGAGACCUAUGACUUCCUGUCUACUCACUACGACAGCCUGACUUCCACGAGGAUAGAAGAUAGAACAAAAGCCCUGAUACAGAACAUCAAUCGCACAAUUUAA